AUGCAAAGUUUGUCUGGAGUUAGAAGUCAACGAAGAAACUCAAGACCUUUGCCUUUAGGAGAUAUGGAUUACUUAGAACCCAAAACAAAGAACAAUCUCAUGGGAAAGCUUCUCUUAGUAACUUCACUUUUUAUCUUAGCCAUUAUUGUGAUUAGUAAAGCUUCAUAUUUCACAUCCCCAAGCAAGUUUUCUCUAAGAGAGGAAGGAGUGACUCAUGUGUUAGUCACUGGUGGAGCUGGCUACAUCGGUUCACAUGCCGCUUUAAGACUGCUUAGAGAAUCAUACCGUGUAACCAUUGUGGACAAUCUUUCCCGAGGGAAUCUUGGCGCGGUUAAGACUUUACAGCGACUAUUCCCACAAACCGGAAGACUUCAAUUUAUCUAUGCUGACUUAGGAGAUCCCAUAGCUGUGGAGAAAAUCUUCAAAGAGAAUGCUUUUGACGCUGUGAUGCAUUUUGCUGCAGUAGCAUAUGUUGGAGAAAGCACUCUUUACCCUCUAAAAUAUUACCAUAACAUAACAUCAAACACAUUAGGAGUUCUUGAAGCUAUGGCUAGACAUAAAGUGAAGAAACUGAUAUAUUCUAGCACUUGUGCUACAUAUGGAGAGCCUGAUAAAAUGCCGAUUACUGAAGAUACUCCACAGGUCCCGAUUAAUCCUUAUGGAAAAGCUAAAAAGAUGGCAGAGGAUAUGAUCUUGGAUUUUUCCAAGAACUCUGACAUGGCGGUUAUGAUCUUAAGAUACUUCAAUGUGAUUGGUUCAGAUCCAGGAGGUAGAUUAGGAGAAGCUCCAAGACCAGAGCUUCGAGAGCAAGGAAGGAUUUCUGGUGCUUGUUUUGAUGCAGCUCGUGGUUUCAUUCCCGGACUGCAAGUGAAAGGAACAGACUACAAAACAUCGGACGGGACAUGCAUCAGAGACUAUAUUGAUGUUACUGACCUUGUUGAUGCUCACGUGAAAGCUCUAGAGAAAGCUCAGCCUAAAAAAGUCGGCAUCUACAACGUUGGAACCGGAAAAGGAAGAUCGGUGAAGGAAUUUGUGGAGGCGUGUAAGAAGGCGACCGGAGUUGAGAUCAAAGUAGAUUUCUUGCCUCGACGGCCAGGAGAUUACGCAGAGGUUUAUAGUGAUCCGACAAAGAUUUUGAAAGAUUUGAACUGGACUGCUAGAUUCACUAAUCUUCAGGAUAGUCUUCAAGUUGCUUGGAAGUGGCAAAAGAUUCAUCCUCAUGGAUAUGAUUCCUAUUAA